AUGAAUGGUGGAUCAAGGGCCGAACUUGGGGAUGACUCGGCACCGCAGGAGUCCCCACGGUACAGACGGACAUAUGUGGCUUGUGAUUCUUGCCGAGCUCGAAAGGUUAGAUGCAACAUGGGAGAGAAGCCGCCUUGCGCGAAGUGCAAACGAGAACAUCGCGACUGCCGAUUUGACCGUCGCCCCAGAACCGUGAAACAUAGAGAUGUCCCGGCCUGGGCAGGAUCGACAACAUCGCAACGUUCAACGACAUCACCGGCACAUCAGAGUUCAUCCGACGUAGCCCAGGCGGUUUCCUCGGCAGCAUUGACUCAAGCCGAUGUUCGACCUCAUCAACAAGAGGUCUCUCCUGAAGACACUAUUCCAUCAACCGAUCCUGAUAAGCACCCCAUCGCAUGGCCUCAGAGCUCCCUUCCGGACAGCAGGUCAAUCUCUGACAGAGUCAUGUCGAGUCUUGUGACGGGUUCUAAUGAUGCGCUCGACGUGUUGUCUGACGCGGCAAACUUGCUUCAUCACAAUACGGCAUCACCUGCUUCUGGGCCACCCACACAAACAACUCUGGCCAUGCAAGAUGUCCCAGUCGCUGUCCCUGCGGCUAGGAGUCCAGGCUGUCAGAGCGGAGCGGGGUUCAACAUCAUAUCUCUGUCAGAGCCGACUGAUGCCAUCCUGGACAUGUGGGAUAAAUGCAGAUUUGUCAGACAAGGCUGGUUUACCUCACAAGAGGCCGUCACAUAUGUUGAUCUAUUUUACAAAUACCUGUCUCCAUGGUCACCAGUCGUCGUUGAUCAGUAUUGGAAUCACGAAGCACACACCGCUCUCAUAUGUGAAGAGUCAAUGCUUUGUUGCACCAUAUUGAUGAUCUCUUCACGAUUCUUCAUGCUACCAGGCGCAGGCGGAGUAUCUAGAAGCCACCUUAUACACAACCGUCUUUGGCAGUAUUGCGAGUCCCUGAUAAAGCGAAUCAUACUCGGCCAGGAGAAAGUCUCAUCCGCCAAAAUGAGAAUCAUUGGAACUAUUGAAAGUUUAUUACUGAUAUCGGAUUGGCAUCCCCGCGCUGUACAUUUCCCACCGGAUACAGAGGGUUGGGAUGCCGUGCUAGUCGACACCGAAUACGAUCGCCAAAAUCGCAAGCGUACAAAUAAUGAAGAACCACUCCUCCGGUGGCGUAAAGAUGUAUUCGAGCCAGCAAAAAGAGCCAGUCGGAUGUCUUGGAUGCUUCUUGGCUUGGCGACAAAUCUCGCAUAUGAGCUUGGGAUUUUGUCCAGCGACCAUCAAGGAGACGCAUCUGGCCUCAAUAUAGCUGAGCGUCGGAAAUUCCGAGCUCAAAAGCUUCUUUACACCUACAUGACACAGACAGCGACACGACUUGGCUAUCAAACCGUGUUCCCAGAAAGCAUUUCAAUUGUAGUCGCCCGAUCAUCAAUGCGACAUAUAGACGACGAGGCACAGGUUUCAUGGAACACUCACAUGGAUGCGUACCUGGAGCUUACCCGGCUUUCGAAAGUGGCAUCGACAAUGUUCUUUCAGUCCAAAAAUCACCUGGAGGCUGUUCUUCAAAAUGAUAACUACCCCGAUCUUCUGGAGCACUUUCUCGCCUCGCUGUCGACCUGGAAUAAUACGUUUGGGUCGACUCUGACAGUUUCGCAAGAUACUCACGAACCUCUCAAAGACUCGCUGCUCAUUGAAUUGUACCACCUAAAAGCCUGCAUUGGUUCUAUUUCCAUACAGGCAGUAGUAAAACGGGCAACUGUUUCGGGGUCAGUGCGGCCACAUCAAGACGGUCUGGCUUCGUACAUGACCGUUCAAGACGCGAAAUUUUUGCAAAGUGUCCUUUCAGAUAGCUGUCAGGUGCUAGAAAUGGUAACCGAGAGACCAUUCAGGGAACAUUUGGCAUACGCUCCUGCCCGUAUCAGACUGAACGUAAUUUCAGCGUCUGUUUUUCUGCUAAAGGCUAUCAGCCUUGGAUCACCAGCAACAGAUGUGGAUGGAGCUCUGCGUGCGCUGGAUCGGUGCACUUCUACCCUAAAGAACUAUCCGCCAGACGACAUGGACUUCGCGAUGAGAUACGCUGAUCUUAUUGAAAGACAUGCGUCAAGUCUCCGUGGCACGCUGUCAUCGAUGUCUCAACCUUUGAGAGAAGGAAGGAGGCCGAGCCAAACCUUGCCACAUGGCCAUAUGAGCAGUCUGUAUAGCGGACUUGAUCUCACAGCUUCUCAUUCAGAGACGACAGCGACAACUGAAGCAGCAUUACUGGAUCAGUCGGGGUUUUGGCGAACGUGGCAAUUUGACUCCAGCAUAGCUCCAUUUGGCGAUACAGCUGAUCAGUUAUCCCACGGUUUCGAUGUUGAUUCUCUCAACUUCUUAUGGAACCUGCCGGAUAUUAGCUCGUGA